CCACCGGGGGAGGUAGUACAGAGCCGCUGCUAACUCGGCUAAAAGCUACCGUUUGAAGUUACCAGUCGACGGGAAAAGUCACGGAGGGAGCCGCCGAAGACUUCGAGAAAGAUGAAAACCCCGGCAGACACGGGGUUUGCCUUUCCAGAGUGGGCUUACAAGCCGGAGUCGAGCCCGGGCUCCAGGCAGAUCCAGCUAUGGCACUUCAUCCUGGAGCUGCUGAGGAAGCAGGAGUACAACGAUGUGAUCGCCUGGCAGGGAGACUACGGAGAGUUCGUCAUCAAGGACCCGGACGAGGUGGCCCGCUUGUGGGGGGCCAGGAAGUGCAAACCUCAGAUGAACUAUGACAAGCUCAGCCGGGCCCUGAGAUACUACUACAACAAGAGGAUCCUACACAAGACCAAAGGGAAGAGGUUCACCUACAAGUUCAACUUCAACAAACUGGUGCUCGUCAAUUACCCCUUCAUCGACAUGGGUUCUGGUCGUGGAGUCCCCCAGAGUGCCCCUCCAGUCCCAACUGGAGGGACCCACUUCCGUUUCCCACCCUCCACACCUUCAGAAGUCCUCUCGUCUAGCGAGGAGCUACGCAGUCCAGGUGUGUUCAGCACCGUGGCCCGUCGUAUGGCCCGCGGCUCCGUCAGCGACUGCAGUGAUGGCACCUCCACCAACUCUGAGCUCGAGGAGGCUGCGGGGGCCGACGAGCGAGCUAUUGGGCCCGACAGAGCUUUCAGGGGUCUCCUUGCCCCCCGUCUGCCCCAUGAGUCUAUGUUCAGGUUCUACGGAGGGCACCCAAACCCAGCGGGGUUAGCUAGACCUGCACCCAGGGUCCACCCAGAGCCUCUGUCCCCAUUUCCUGUCUCGCCUCUGCCUGGUCCUGGAGGUUUGCUAGGCCCAACUCUGUCCCCAGCUUUGUCCAUGACCCCCAACCCCCACCUGGCCUAUACCCCAUCCCCCUCCCUUUCAUCCCCCAUGAUGAGCUCCCACUUCUCCUUCAACCCGGAGGAUAUGAAGCACUACCUGCAGGCCCACACCCAGUCCGUUUACAACUAUCACCUCAGCCCUCGAGCUUUCCUUCACUACCCAAACAUCGUCGUCCCCCAUCCCCACCGCCCCACGCCCGAGAAACCAGCCACCCACCAUCUGCAGGGCCCCCCCAUGCCGCUCUCGCUGAGCCAGCAGCCGGGAGCCGGGGAGGACGGGCACCCCUCGCCCUUCAAGUUCAAGCUGCAGCCACCGCCGCUCGGACGCAAACAGAGGGAGGCAGGAAGCUCUCUGGCUGCUUCCUCUUCCUCCAACCACUCUUCCUCAUUUACUGGUUCUGGUCCGAUAGCAGGUUCUGCUUUGGGAGGAGCACCACCUAAGAUCAAGGUGGAGCCAGUCUCUGACCUGUCUGAGGAAGACGUGGAGGUGACCGACAUCAGCGAGGAAGAUGAGCUGAAUCAGAACAGUGAGGAUGAGGAAGGAGACAUGUUCUCCCAUCUAGCUCGCAGCCGUCAUCAUCAUCUGUAUAAUGGAAGCAACAGCAGCCCCUCCGCUCCUCCACCUCCACACAUAAACCCAGAAGAUGACCCUGACGACGAUGAGGAGGUCUUCAAAACUCCUGCCACUCCUCCUCCUGGCAGUGGAAGCAGCCUCGCCUUCCCCCUGAUAGGCCUGAAGACCGAGCCGGGCCAGGCAGCACCCGUCAGCCCCGGAGGCACCCGCUGCAUCCCGCUCAAACUGCGUUUCAAACGGCGCUGGAGCGAAGACCAGAGGAUGGAGGCAGAUGGAGAGAGGGACGAGGCGGAGGACAAGAAAGUAAGAGCAGAGGAUGAGGAGCAAGAAGAUGGGAAGAGAGAUGGAGAAGAGGAUAAUGGAGGAGGAAGAGGAGUGAUCCUGGGUCUGAUGCUGCCUCCGGCCCCCACCCAGCGCAGAGCGAGCUCAGAGCUGCAGAGAGCAACAGCACAGCUGUCGCUGGAAAACACAGGCUGCUGAGCUUUGAGCACGUCAACGUUGGGUUCUGUAGAUCCAGAUGUUUGGACCGAACAGGAAGUCUAGCAUUAGUAAACAUAGCAGGUUUGAAUUUAAUGUUAAAAAAGGGUCAACUGAACCAUGAGUUAAUUUUGUUCUUUGGUUUUAUCUGAACUCGUUGGUAUCAUUCGCAGGAAGACUAGUCUUUGUGCAAUAACUGAAGGAGAUUUGGCCUGUAAGCUCCUUAAAUUAGCUAAGUGAACAAAAUGUUUUCCUUCAUUUAAUGUAACGUCACACUUUGAGCAAAACAAGAUACAAAAUGAGUUGUUUGAGCAGAACCAUGUCAGAGUCAUGGUCUAUGGUUUAUGGAAGCAGCAGACUGUGGUUAAUGAUCCACCUUCAAACCAUGAAUAUAGAUGGUCCUGCUCUGAGACACACCUGGUGUCUCAUCACGUCUUUAACACUAAAUCUAAGCGCAGACUGGACUAACUUUAACCUGAUCGCAGCCACACACAGUUGCCUUGUUCCUGAAAGUCUCAGUUCACUUCAGAUCGUAGCCGGGCCCAAAUUCAGUCUUUAAAGGUUCAGUUUGACCCGGUCAGACUUUCUCCUCCAGCUCACCUGAAGGUAGCGGGGUUCAGUUUUAGUUCCUUUUUCUUUAACCCAACAUGAUUUACAGACAGAUCCAGAUGUUACUGAAGAACAGCAGCCUGUACAGAGAUUAUGAAAGUGCCUCUCUAUCAUAAAUGACUGCAUGACAGGCCCAGACAGAGAAACCGCUCUGACAAUGAGACUUUGUCACUACAGAGUAUAAACACAGAAAAUGAGGAUGAAACGAGACAAGAAGAGGGGAGGAAGAUGGAUGCUUCGACCUGUGACAACAUCAGCGUUGUGUUCGGACUGGAAGGGGCUUGAUCUUCCUCUUCAGUUUCUCCUCACUUGUAGAAAUGACAAAGCAGCUUCUAGCAGGACUGUAAUUACCGACACGCUCGUCUCUGAGGAGGCGUGUGGAGCCAACAGGCCUCCACCAUGCGGAGGCUUUCUGUGACCUUUACUCCUAGGGCAUUUGCAGCAUUGUUGCCUUCAAGCUUAUUCAUCAUCAGCUUCUUCUUUUUCUUUUUUUAUAUAAUAAAAGACUUAUCUUUUUCCAUCAAGGGACAUGUUUUCCUCUGGAUUAAAUGGGCAGUAGUUUUGGGCAUUUGCAGAGACGAUGAAAACAAACUGAAUAUUGUCUUGGGGGAGACCGGAAACAUGUAAUGAAUGUGGAGCAUCAAGGCUAACUCAGGCAAACCUUCACAGAGAUAUAAAAAUAUAUUUUUAACAUAUUUUCCUCAGAAAAAAGAGAUUGUGCCCAUUUUAUCUAUCAAAUUGAGAAAAGAUUGUGCCUUUUUGUCAGUUUUCUCCCCCCGGGAACAUGUAUUAUCCCGCUCAGAAAACCACCAUGCCUUCGGCUUUUGUAAAACUUAACAUAUAUAUUUUAUUCAAAUAUAUAUUAGAAUCAAUAUUCUAUUUCAAUAUGGUCAUUUGAUACAAAUUAGGUAAAUCCUCCUAUUUUUAAUAGUAAAGAUGUGUAUAUAAAUAUAUAUUCUGAUGGGUAUUUUUCUGCCUUCACCGACACCUUGUUCAGUUUGGGGAACUCAAAGCAGUUGGGUUGGGAGGGAUUCGGAUCGGAUUUAUACCAAUGCUGUCUCAUUUAGCGUCCAUGGAGCGGCGGCGGCAGGCGGUUCCGACCGAGGCGGGACGAAGCCGUUUAACCCAGAUCCACCGGCUCACUCUGAUUAGACGGCGCUGACAGCAGGUCCGGACUUUGGUUUGAGACUCGAGCAGCUAAAACACACAGAGUCCUGGUUAGUGUGGUUACAAUAAAGGGAAACAUGACAUCAGACGCCUCCACAGUCGCAUAAACUACACCCAAACACACACACACACACACACAGACAGAGGAAACGGCAUCACAAAACCUCAGAGCGACGAGGGACUUCCCAUAAUCCCUCAUUCUGUGUGUGUAUAGCUCUGUGGUUACUCCGUCUUCAAACACACACUUACAGCUCCUCAUGAAAAGUCUCAACCCUCAUUUGUUUCUCAUCCAGACUGUCUGGUUCAAUUUUGAAGAAUUUGUUGCCUCGUCCUGAUUCCUUCUCCGACGUUUUGAAGACAAAACCACCUGAGCUGUUAGACCCGUGCUGCCUUACUGUCUGUUCUCAUCCUUUAUUUCCUUCAUGCAUUACUGUUACUCCUGUAAUAAUUAUAUUAUUAACAUGACUACUUUAUGAUUAUGUCAUACCCUUGUGGCGCAGCCCAUCCUCUUCUUCAUGAGUUCCAAGUUUGAGUUCUUGUUCCGGUUUGCACUCUUCUACAUGCAGACAGCAGGAGGAGGGUCAGAUAAUACUCACCCAUAUUCAGCACACGGGGAAGAACAGUCUUUUAAUUUUUUUUAGUUGUUUGUAUAUAUAUUUUUUCAUUAUGGUGGAUUCUGUAAGGAGGAAAAAAAAGUGUUGUACUGUUUAACGUUUCUAACAUUUGUAUUAUUUGACACCUUUUUUCUUAUCCUCUCCGUCUCUCCUUGUGUCCUUUUUAUUUUCACUCCGGAGAAGAGACUGAGCUUUGUUUUCUAUUUUAUCAUGCCUCUGUUUCCCUUCUGUAUCUGUUCAUCUUCAUUUGUAAUUAAACAAUAAUCAGGGUUCAUUAAAAAAAGGUGAAAAUGG